UGAGGCUACGUACUGCCUGUGGGGGGAGGGGGAAUUCAGCAAAAAAAGAUGUAUCCUCUCCUGUAGCUCAGUCAAAGGAGUGUUUGAUUUGUUUUUAAAUGCGUUGUUGUGUACGGAAGUUUUGGUUAAAGUACUCCCCAGAUUUCAUACCAGGAGCGUGCACGAGCAAAAUGAAGGUCUGAAUCAAGUCUGCCCGAGAGGCACCAAAUCCUAUCGAACGAUUUGCCAGCCGAAGGAUUCCAUUCUACAAUGGCUACGUUUGACAGUCUAAUGAAACAGGGGGUUUUGAAGGAGUUUGUCCGUGUCUGGGUCCAAGAUCCACAGUUCCACAAAGAUGACUUCUGGCACACGCACAUCGACUACGAGAUCUGUUUACAUACCAAUAGCAUGUGUUUUAGGAAGAAGACGUCCUGUGUGCGUAGGCGGUACAGUGAGUUUGUUUGGCUCCGCCAGCGUCUGCAGGACAACGCUAUGCUCAUAGAGUUGCCCAAACUACCUCCCUGGAACCCGUUCUUCAGUCUGAACAACCCCACUCAGGUCAACCAGCGGAUGAAGGGGCUGCAGGAGUUUCUAGAGAUUGUCCUCCAGGACCCUCUGCUGCUGUCUGACAGUAGAGUGCACCUGUUCCUCCAAUCCCAGCUGAGCAUGACCAAGAUGGAGGCGUGUGUCUCGGGCCAGACACGCUACACAGUGGGCCAGGCCAUCCAAAUGUGUAGUGACUGUCACCGCACACGCUUCCCCAUAGAGAAGAGCAGCAAGGUGUACUGCGACUCGGACUGCGAAAGCACCACGUCAUCAGGUCUGGGCCACAGCCACGACUCAGGGGUCCCCCACAGCCCCAGCCCCCUACCCUGUGACCGCAGCACUUGUGAAGACUGUGACGGAAACCUAACCAUCAGGGAUGGAGGAUUUUUCAGCGGUCUGUCAGAGUCCUCGUGACCAGGAACACAUAGAGCCCUGACAUACACAUACACGCACAAAAGGGCUGUUUCUUGGACAAAUAUUCAGCCAAGUCCUGCACUAAAAAUCAUGCUAAAUGAUUGAAAGUGCUUUUCAGUCCAGGAAUAGGCAUAAUCUUUUUCCUGGAAGCCGCCCCAAAGACUCUGUUUGCUGCUGUUCGAGGUGCACCUCUCAAACCUCUGAAGAUGAGUAGAAAGGCCUUUUUUUUACGUGGUUCUCUGUUCGCAUUCUCUCUGCGUCCCCUAUCGGUCUUUUAAAAUGUCUGAGCUAUAUAUUUUCUUAAAGGAUAUAUGUUAUUAUAUUGAUGCACCCACUAUUGUGGACUGACAAGUGUUGCUAGUGUGGUGUCGAGAAAACGUUGCCGAGAUGCUGUGAGAACAAGAAUUCCGCUGACACUGUCCUUUGAUUAUAAAGGUU